AUGAAGAACAUCUAUUGUGUUUUCUUGCUGCUUGGUGCGUUUUUCGCCGGUAUCAGUGCAACCGUGUUCCAAAACAUCGGUCAAUUAUCAACUACUUCGUUCGAUUUCAUUGUCGUUGGAGGAGGAACUGCAGGACCUGUUGUCGCAAACAGACUAUCUGAAAACCCAAAUUUUCACGUUCUGGUCAUAGAAGCGGGGCCAACAAAUGAAGGCGUUUUGAAUGCCAUGAUACCCAGUUUCUCAGUACAAUUACAACAGACAACCUUCGACUGGAACUACACCACGGUCCCUGGGAUAGGUCUCAAUAAUCGUACACUGGCCUACCCUAGAGGUCGUAUCCUUGGAGGAUGUAGUUCUCACAAUGCCAUGUUUUAUACGAGGGGGUCUAUGGAUGACUAUGAUCGUUGGGCAAAUAUUACUGGCGAUGACGGAUGGAACUGGAAGAACAUUCUCCCGUACAUCUUGAAGGCAAGACUAUUCAUUUAUAACGAGAAGUGGACACCCCCGUCUGAUGAGCACAACACUACUGGAGAAUUUAACCCUGUAGUUCACGGAUUUAACGGGUUAAUGUUUACAAGUCUACCUGGAAGCCCUCAGACUAUUGACAACAUGAUCUUGGAGGUUCCCGAUCAACUUCCUGACCAAUUCCCAUUCUUACUGGACAUGAACGCCGGGAAACCGUUGGGUCUAGGAUGGUUUCAAGGUACCAUAGGAAAUGGAACCCGAAGUAGCGCUGCGACUGCCUAUCUUUCUACAGCAUUUACAAAUCGGCCUAACCUUCAUGUAUUAUUGAAUACAAAGGUCAAACGAAUUUCUGGAUCAAAAAUUCACGGAAUUCCAGCCCUGAACAACGUUGAAAUCGAUGGCUCCCAAUUGACGCUGACGGCAGAAAAAGAGGUCAUCUUGUCGGCGGGCCCAAUAAAUACGCCUCAAAUCCUCAUGAACUCCGGCAUAGGAGACCGCAACGUCCUAGCGAAGCUCCAAAUUCCAACUGUGUUACAUCUCCCAAGUGUAGGCCAAAACUUAACAGACCAACCCAUUACCACAGUUCUGUAUUCUGUGAACUCGAAUAAACCUUUGGACAACUUGGAUACAAAUGCUACCCUUCAGGCCCAGGCAUUGGCUCAAUGGGAGUUCAACAGAACAGGUCCAUUGGUUGAUCCCGGUCCAAACUUCAUUGCAUGGUCACGACUUUCUUCUAACUCUGCGAUCAUCAAAGAAUUUGGAGAUCCAUCAGCAGGCCAGAAUACUCCCCAUCUGGAGCUUGCGCCGUUCUCGGCGUUUUCAAUAGCUUCCCAGCCAGGACAUACAGGAGGCAUGGCUAUAGCCGUGGUGACUCCAAAAUCUCGGGGCUCUGUGACAUUAAACAGCACAGACCCCUUUGGAAAACCUAUCAUUGACCUCGGAUUUUUCACUGAUGAGUUUGACAUACGGGCGAUGAUAGAAGCUAUAAAACUUAGUCAAGUUUUCUACCAAGCUCCAGUUUGGAAAGACUACAUCAUUUCUCAAGUUGCUCCCGCCGUCAAUGCCACUGAUGCUGAGCUUGAACAAUACAUUCGCAGCACUUCUGCUACCACCUUACACGGUGUCGGAACUGCCGCGAUGUCUGCCCCUGACGCAGAUUAUGGGGUCGUUAAUCCUAAUUUAUUGGUAAAAGGUGCCUCCGGCCUUAGGAUAGUUGACGCCUCAAUAAUGCCAUUUAUCAACAGCGGUCAUCCACAAGCACCGGUCUACGCCAUUGCAGAGCGUGCUUCUGAUCUCAUUAAAAGCUGUAACUUGCACAUUGAUAUGACAAUAAUUAAGAUUCAAGCUCUUGCCGCCGCCUUUUCCAACUUCUAG